AUGGUGCUGUUAACCGACUCCUUCCUGAUGGACUUGUCCAUUCUAGUGGUAGGCGUUUUAGGAAUAUUCUACUGGCUCGCCACCAAGAAUUUCGGACACUGGCGAAAAAAAGGCGUGCCGUACAUAGAGCCCAAGCCAUUUGUUGGUAAUCUUCAAGAUAUGGCCCUUGGGAAAACCAGCAUGGGUGAACUUCUCGCAAAGUUUUAUUUGGAUGCAGUAGGGAAACCGUAUAUUGGCAUGUUCGCCUUCCAUCGUCCCAUACUGCUUGUAAGAGACGCGGACGUCAUCAAAAGCAUUUUGGUGAAGGAUUUCAACUACUUUCGUGAUCGCACUUUCAGUCCUGACGAGAAGUUGGACCCGAUGUUCACCAAGAAUCUCUUUGGUUUGAGUGGGCCCAGAUGGAGGCACAUCCGCGUCAAACUGACUCCCACGUUCACUUCAGGCAAGAUGAAGCUGAUGUACGAGUUCGUCAACGAAUGUGGAAAGGAAAUGGUUCAACUUGUUAACCGUGAACUUGGAGGAGGAGGUGAGCAAUAUUUCUUAGAAAUUCGGAACAAAGUUAAAUUGUCAUAA